GCAGGGGAGUGUGGAAGGGAGUGUGUUUUGAGAGGAAAUGGGAGAUACUAUUGAAAGGCAGGCCAGAGCUACACGGUGGAAGCUCUUGGUGGAGAAAGUUGUUCAUUUUGCUGCAGGAAACAGAGACUCUUGAGUAGUAUCUUUCGAAGAUGGUUUGGCUGCCUUGGAGGUUUGGAGAUCUGAUGCCACGAUGAGGACUCACACACGGGGGGCUCCCAGUGUGUUUUUCAUAUCUUUACUUUGCUCCGUGUCAGCCUACAUCACUGACGAGAACCCCGAAGUUAUGAUCCCCUUCACCAACGCCAACUAUGACAGCCACCCGAUGCUGUACUUCUCCCGGGCGGAGGUGGCGGAGCUCCAGCUCAGGGCCACCAGCUCCCACGAGCACAUUGCCGCCCGGCUCACCGAGGCCGUGCACACCAUGCUGUCCAGCCCCUUGGAGUACCUGCCCCCCUGGGAUCCCAAGGACUUCAGUGCCCGCUGGAAUGAAAUUUACGGCAACAACUUGGGUGCCUUGGCGAUGUUCUGUGUGCUGUAUCCUGAGAACAUCGAAGCCCGAGACAUGGCCAAAGACUACAUGGAGAGGAUGGCAGCUCAGCCUAGUUGGUUGGUGAAAGACGCUCCCUGGGAUGAAGUCCCGCUCGCUCACUCCCUGGUGGGUUUUGCCACUGCCUAUGACUUCUUGUACAACUACCUGAGCAAGACUCAGCAGGAGAAGUUUCUUGAAGUGAUUGCCAAUGCCUCGGGCUAUAUGUAUGAAACCUCAUACAGGAGAGGAUGGGGAUUUCAAUACCUGCACAAUCACCAACCGACCAACUGCAUGGCUCUGCUCACAGGAAGCCUAGUUCUGAUGAACCAAGGGUAUCUUCAAGAAGCCUACUUAUGGACCAAACAAGUUCUGACCAUCAUGGAGAAGUCUCUGGUCUUGCUCCGAGAGGUGACGGACGGCUCCCUCUAUGAAGGGGUCGCGUACGGCAGCUACACCACUAGAUCACUCUUCCAGUAUAUGUUCCUCGUGCAGAGGCACUUCGACAUCAACCACUUUGGUCACCCGUGGCUUAAGCAACACUUUGCCUUUAUGUAUAGAACCAUCCUGCCAGGAUUUCAGAGGACUGUGGCCAUUGCAGACUCAAAUUACAACUGGUUUUAUGGUCCAGAGAGCCAGUUGGUGUUCCUGGACAAGUUUGUCAUGCGUAACGGCAGUGGUAACUGGCUGGCUGACCAAAUCCGGAAGAACCGUGUGGUGGAAGGCCCAGGGACCCCCUCCAAAGGACAGCGCUGGUGCACUCUCCACACGGAAUUCCUCUGGUAUGAUGCCAGCUUGAAAUCUGUCCCUCCUCCAGAUUUUGGCACCCCUACAUUGCAUUAUUUUGAAGACUGGGGCGUUGUGACUUACGGAAGUGCACUGCCUGCGGAACUCAAUAGGUCUUUUCUUUCCUUCAAGUCAGGAAAACUUGGGGGCCGUGCAAUAUAUGACAUUGUCCACAGAAACAAAUACAAAGACUGGAUCAAAGGAUGGAGAAAUUUUAAUGCAGGGCAUGAGCAUCCUGAUCAGAACUCAUUUACUUUUGCUCCCAAUGGUGUGCCUUUCAUCACGGAGGCUCUCUACGGGCCCAAGUAUACCUUUUUCAACAACGUCUUGAUGUUUUCCCCAGCUGUGUCCAAGAGCUGCUUUUCUCCCUGGGAAGGUCAGGUCACCGAAGACUGUUCAUCAAAGUGGUCUAAAUACAAGCAUGACCUGGCAGCUAGCUGCCAAGGGAGAGUGGUCGCCGCAGUGGAGAGAAAUGGAGUGGUUUUCAUUCGAGGAGAAGGUGUGGGAGCUUACAACCCCCAGCUCAGUCUGAAGAACAUUCAGAGGAAUUUGAUCCUCCUGCAUCCACAGCUUCUCCUCCUGGUGGAUGAAGUCCAUCUGGGAGAGGAGAGCCUCUUGGAGACGGCAACGAGCUUCUUCCACAACGUGGACUUCCCUUUUGAGGAGACAGUGGUAGAUGGCGUCCAUGGGGCUUUCAUCAGGCAGCGGGAUGGGCUCUAUAAAAUGUACUGGAUGGAUGAUACCGGCUACAGUGAGAAAGCAACUUUUGCUUCCGUGACCUACCCUCGGGGCUAUCCCUACAACGGGACAAACUAUGUGAAUGUCACCAUGCACCUCCGAAGUCCCAUCACCAGGGCAGCUUACCUCUUCAUCGGGCCAUCCGUGGACGUUCAGAGCUUCAGCAUCCACGGAGACCCCCAGCAGCUGGAUGUGUUCAUAGCCACCGGGGAACACGCCUAUGCUGUUUACCUUUGGACAGAUGAGACCCCAGGCCAGUCUGCCUUUGCACAGGUCAUUGCCGAUCGUCAGAAAAUUCUGUUUGACCGGAGUUCAGCCAUCAAGAGCGCCACUGUCCCUGAGGUGAAGGACUAUGCUGCUAUUGUGGAGCGGAACCUGCAGCAUUUUAAGCCAGUGUUCCAGCUGCUGGAGAAGCAGAUCCUGUCCCGAGUCCGCAACACAGCCAGCUUCAGGAAGACCGCUGAGCGCCUGCUGAGAUUUUCAGACAAGAGGCAGACCGAGGAGGCCAUCGACAGGAUUUUUGCCAUAUCCCAGCAGCAGCAGCAGCAGCAGCAGCGCAAGUCCAAGAAAAACCGAAGGGUAGGCAAGCGCUAUAAAUUUGUGGAUGCCGUCCCCGAUAUUUUUGCACAGAUUGAAGUCAAUGAGAAAAAGAUUCGGCAGAAAGCCCAGAUUCUGGCACAGAAAGAACAGCCCAUAGAUGAAGAUGAAGAGAUGAAAGACCUUUUAGAUUUUGCAGAUGUGACGUAUGAGAAACACAAGAACGAGGGCCUGAUGAAAGGCCGGUUUGGACCGGCGCGGAUGGUGACGACCAUGCACAGCAAAGCGCCGUCACUGUCCGCUUCUUACACCAGACUCUUCCUGAUUCUGAACAUUGUUAUUUUCUUCGUCAUGUUGGCCAUGCAACUGACUUAUUUCCAGAGGGCCCAGAGCCUACAUGGCCAAAGAUGUCUGUACGCAGUCCUCCUGGUAGAUAGUUGUAUUUUAUUAUGGCUCUACUCUUCUUGUUCCCAGUCACAGUGUUAGCACUGAAGCUGUCAAUCGCUCAAUUAUUUGUGGUCACAAAUCUAUGCAAAAAAAAAAAAUCGCCCUAGUUAUUGGAUUUUUUUUCUCAGAUUCAUUUUCACAAAUGAAGGGGAAGAUAUCUUCACACAAGAAAGCAAGGACAUGGGGAAAUCAGAAUUGAAGUAGCUAAAGAAUUUGUCAAAGGAAUAAAAGUAGUUUGGAUGUCCCAUGAUGUUUCUGGAAGUGUUUGGCUUGGCUAAUUUAGUGGUCCAUAUAGUACUACUCUUAAACACAAAGUCUGGUUUUAAGUAAUUUUUAAGAAACAAAAAAGACAGAAUUGGAUUUUAUUAAUAUUAAUUUAAUGCUACUAGCAAUCUUCAGAUACUAUUUUAUGAAAAGCCUGAAGCACACAAUUCUGAGAAAUACAGACUUUUUUUAAAUGGUGUAGCCAUGUUAAAAAAAAUAAAUGUUGCGAAGUCCUGGUAUGGCGGUGCCAUCUUCCUGGGAGAGUAGUUCCUUAGUUAAGUGAAUAACAUCACUUGUGUAUUGAAUUACUAUUCAGAUAACAUGGUAAAAUGAUGGCAGAAAAAUCAUUAAAAAGUUAAGAUAUAUUUCCAGUAGAAUACAUGUAUGUAUGAAUGACUGCUUAAUGAUGUCCAUUUCUGCACACACCUAACUGAUUGCUUUUAUGCAUACAUUGGUUAUUCAAAUAAGACAAUUGCAGAUAACUUGAUUUCCUAUUUUUUUUUAAUAUGGAAACUUGCUGUGGACCUAGUGACUAAACUUUAAAAUAAAAUAUUUUAUAUCCUUAAUGUUAAUUUCAAUACCAAAGAAGAUGGGGAAGCUAAAAUUUGGAUAUGAUUCUUAUGUUUUUUAAUAGAAAUUUUUCUUUAAAUUUAUUUUGUUUAAUAAACAUCAUAAUUGUGAUUUUUCA